CCCACCCCCCGCGUCUCCGGGGCCGGUGGCGGCGGCCGGCCGGGGAGGCGGCCUCGGCGCACAGUAAUGGCAGCGCUGUGAGCAGGGGAACGCGAGCUGACAGCAGCCGCCGCCGCCGCCGCCGCCUCCGCCCACCUUCCUCGCCGAGGCUUCGUCUUUCACUCCUUCGGGCUGCCUCCCCCUCCCCUUGUCCCCUGCCCCUUGCCCUGCUUCUGCAGAAGAGCGCUGACCCCUAAGCCCUGCCACCCCCUGGACUGGAUCCCGGGCCUCCCCAACCCGAUCUUGGCCGCCUCUCCCGCGGCCCCAUUUUCCUUCGAAGGAGGGAAGAUUUCAACACUACACUUGCACAAUGUCUUUGAAACCAAGAGUAGUAGAUUUUGAUGAAACAUGGAACAAACUUUUGACGACAAUAAAAGCCGUGGUCAUGUUGGAAUACGUCGAAAGAGCAACAUGGAAUGACCGUUUCUCAGAUAUCUAUGCUUUAUGUGUGGCCUAUCCUGAACCCCUUGGAGAAAGACUUUAUACAGAAACUAAGAUUUUUUUGGAAAAUCACGUUCGGCAUUUGCAUAAGAGAGUUUUGGAGUCAGAAGAACAAGUACUUGUUAUGUAUCAUAGGUACUGGGAAGAAUACAGCAAGGGUGCAGACUAUAUGGACUGCUUAUAUAGGUAUCUCAACACCCAGUUUAUUAAAAAGAAUAAAUUAACAGAAGCGGACCUUCAGUAUGGCUAUGGUGGUGUAGAUAUGAAUGAACCACUUAUGGAAAUAGGAGAGCUAGCAUUGGAUAUGUGGAGGAAAUUGAUGGUUGAACCACUUCAGGCCAUCCUUAUCCGAAUGCUGCUCCGAGAAAUCAAAAAUGAUCGUGGUGGAGAAGACCCAAACCAGAAAGUAAUCCAUGGGGUUAUUAACUCCUUUGUUCAUGUUGAACAGUAUAAGAAAAAAUUCCCCUUAAAGUUUUAUCAGGAAAUCUUUGAGUCUCCCUUUCUGACUGAAACAGGAGAGUAUUACAAACAAGAAGCUUCAAAUUUAUUACAAGAAUCAAACUGCUCACAGUAUAUGGAAAAGGUUCUAGGUAGAUUAAAAGAUGAAGAAAUUCGAUGUCGAAAAUACCUACAUCCAAGUUCAUAUACUAAAGUGAUUCAUGAAUGUCAACAACGAAUGGUAGCAGACCACUUACAGUUUUUACAUGCAGAAUGUCAUAAUAUCAUUCGACAAGAGAAAAAAAAUGACAUGGCAAAUAUGUACGUCUUACUCCGUGCUGUGUCCACUGGUUUACCUCAUAUGAUUCAGGAGCUGCAAAACCACAUCCAUGAUGAGGGCCUUCGAGCAACCAGCAACCUUACUCAGGAUAAUAUGCCAACACUAUUUGUGGAGUCAGUUUUGGAAGUGCAUGGUAAAUUUGUUCAGCUUAUCAACACUGUUUUGAAUGGUGAUCAGCAUUUUAUGAGUGCGUUGGAUAAGGCCCUUACGUCAGUUGUAAAUUACAGAGAACCUAAGUCUGUUUGCAAAGCACCUGAACUGCUUGCUAAGUACUGUGACAACUUACUGAAGAAGUCAGCGAAAGGGAUGACAGAGAAUGAAGUGGAAGACAGGCUCACGAGCUUCAUCACAGUGUUCAAAUACAUUGAUGACAAGGACGUCUUUCAAAAGUUCUACGCAAGAAUGCUGGCAAAACGUUUAAUUCAUGGGUUAUCCAUGUCUAUGGACUCUGAAGAAGCCAUGAUCAACAAAUUAAAGCAAGCCUGUGGUUAUGAGUUUACCAGCAAGCUACAUCGGAUGUAUACAGAUAUGAGUGUCAGCGCUGAUCUCAACAAUAAGUUCAACAAUUUUAUCAAAAACCAAGACACAGUAAUAGAUUUGGGAAUUAGUUUUCAAAUAUAUGUUCUACAGGCUGGUGCGUGGCCUCUUACUCAGGCUCCUUCAUCUACGUUUGCAAUUCCCCAGGAAUUAGAAAAAAGUGUACAGAUGUUUGAAUUAUUUUAUAGCCAACAUUUCAGUGGAAGGAAACUUACAUGGUUACAUUAUCUGUGUACAGGUGAAGUUAAAAUGAACUAUUUGGGCAAACCAUAUGUAGCCAUGGUUACAACAUACCAAAUGGCAGUUCUUCUUGCCUUUAACAACAGUGAAACCGUCAGUUAUAAAGAGCUUCAGGACAGCACUCAGAUGAAUGAAAAGGAACUGACAAAAACAAUCAAAUCAUUACUUGAUGUGAAAAUGAUUAACCAUGAUUCAGAAAAGGAAGAUAUUGAUGCAGAAUCUUCGUUUUCAUUAAAUAUGAACUUUAGCAGUAAAAGAACAAAAUUUAAAAUUACUACAUCAAUGCAGAAAGACACACCACAAGAAAUGGAGCAGACUAGAAGUGCAGUUGAUGAGGACCGGAAAAUGUAUCUCCAAGCUGCUAUAGUUCGUAUCAUGAAAGCACGAAAAGUGCUUCGGCACAAUGCCCUUAUUCAAGAGGUGAUUAGCCAGUCAAGAGCUAGGUUUAAUCCCAGUAUCAGCAUGAUUAAGAAGUGUAUUGAAGUUCUGAUAGACAAACAAUACAUAGAACGCAGCCAGGCGUCGGCAGAUGAAUACAGCUACGUCGCGUGAUGUCGCUCUCCUCCAGCGUGGUGUGAGAAGAUCAUUGCCAUCACCAUUUGGUGUGUUCCUGUGGGAAAAAGCAGGACUGUGCCUCCAUAAUUUGGUCAUUUGGCAGCCCCUGUUUUCUGCUGUUUACAACAUCACCAGUGCCACGUCAUGAGCGUCAAAGAAAAUGCCUAGAGAUAUUUCAAGCUCAUGUCAUUAUGACAUUUCUUAAAACUUUAUUAAAAGAAUGAGUGAAGUAUUGCUGAAAAGUGGAAAUUCGGUUGGGUACCAUGCUUUUUCUCCCCUUCACGUUUGCAGUUGAUGUGUCUUUUUUUUUUUUUUAAUGUAUCUUAAAGGACAUAAAAUUUAAAAACUUAAAUAUUGUAAUAUGACAGAUAACCUAAUAAUUGUAUCUACAUUAAAAUGACAAACAUGAUACUGCUGCUUGUCAAAUAAAAAAAAAAAAUAAAGAAAUAGAAUGCC